GCAGCGGCGGGGCCGCGCAGCCCCGGGCGGGUGCGCGCGUGGUGCCUGCCGCGCGCCAUGGCGGCCAAUGAGGACCAGGAGAUGGAACUGGAGGCGCUGCGCUCGAUCUACGAAGGAGACGGCUGCUUCAGGGAGCUCAGCCCGGUGUCCUUCCAGUACAGGAUAGGAGAAAAUGGAGAUCCCAAAGCCUUUCUAAUAGAAGUUUCUUGGCCAGAAACAUAUCCACAAACAGCACCAGUCAUAUCGAUGGAUGCUUUCUUCAACAACACAAUAUCUUCAGCUAUUAAACAAAGUAUACUGGAUAAAUUAAUGGUAGAAGUUGAAGCUAAUCUUGGAACUGCUAUGACAUACACGCUCUUUGAAUAUGCCAAAGAUAAUAAAGAAUCGUUCAUGGAAAAUCAGCCUGUUAACACUGUGACUUCAGUAAGCAAUAGUAUUUCUAUUGGACCUCCUGAUGUGCCAGCAAAUAAGAAAAAAGACAAAAAGGAACAGUUAUCCAAAACCCAGAAAAGAAAGCUAGCCGACAAAACAGAUCACAAAGGAGAGCUUCCUCGAGGAUGGAACUGGGUGGACGUCAUUAAGCAUUUAAGCAAAACUGGUUCUAAAGAUGAUGAAUAAAGGACUUUGGUACAUGGAAACUCAACCUCUUAAUACCGUGCAAUUUUGGGUCACCGUCUUUCUCUUAAUAGCUUUCUUAUUUGUUGAAGUAAAGGUUUUAUAAAGCUCAAUUUCCUAACUCAUAAACCCAGACACACAGGUUUGUCUUGAGACUACGUGGUCUUCUUCGGAAACUAAACUUGCCUUAAAUGGAGGUAAAAAUGUGAACAAAGGAUACAGAGGGUGAAUGUGGUAAAGCGAAUAGUGCUAUAUGCAGUGUUUAUUAAUUUAUAUCUUACUCUGUAGUAAAUCCUUUUAUAGCGAACCCGAUGAUACUGUAAACAUUUCCUGAUGUUGUUAUUCCAAUGGAAGAAAAAAGCACUAUAACACUGAUUAGUCACUUGACAGCAUAAUUCAUCAAAAUAAAUUAUUCCAUGGAAACAAAA